CUAUUUUUAUUUAGUUAUGUAGUAAUCAUCAAUGAAAAUUAAUCUGAUUGGAGACUCGCUAAACCAGCCUGUAAAACCAGGGACUAAAUUCCUAACAACUGAAAUCAAGGAAUGGUUUUGGUUUUGCCAUUGGUAGUAACAAUUGUUGAGAAGUCUAAUAUUCUAGGACAACAUCACACAGCAAUAUCCUUAAUCUAUUAAAUUAGACUAAUUCAGCCUCCUCUUUUCUUUAUGGGAUGAUGUAUAAAUACCUACACAUGCUGUCUUUAUUUCCAACCACACCAAAAACUUAACACUACUACAUACUACAAAGCUUUCUCAGAGUUUCAAUUUCAAGUUCUUAGCUGCAUUCAUUGGAUUCUCAGUAACCAAGAGAAGGAAGAAUGUCUAAUUCUAAUACUGCUGGACAGGUCAUACGCUGCAGAGCUGCUGUAGCAUGGGAAGCAGGGAAGCCACUGGUGAUUGAAGAAGUUGAGGUAGCACCACCACAGACAAAUGAAGUUCGUUUGAAAAUCCUUUAUACUUCUUUGUGCCAUACUGAUGUCUACUUCUGGGAAGCCAAGGGACAAAACCCUUUGUUUCCUAGAAUUUAUGGUCAUGAGGCAGGAGGGAUUGUGGAGAGUGUUGGUGAAGGCGUGACGGAUCUUAAAGCCGGCGAUCAUGUCCUGCCUGUGUUCACAGGGGAAUGCAAGGACUGUGCUCACUGUAAAUCAGAAGAGAGCAACAUGUGUGAUCUCCUCAGGAUAAACACUGACAGGGGAGUGAUGCUGAGUGAUGGGAAAUCAAGAUUUUCAAUUAAAGGCAAUCCAAUAUAUCACUUUGUUGGGACUUCCACCUUCAGUGAGUACACUGUUGUUCAUGUUGGCUGCCUUGCCAAGAUCAAUCCCUUGGCUCCUCUAGACAAAGUCUGUGUCCUUAGUUGUGGUAUCUCCACAGGUCUGGGAGCUACUCUUAAUGUUGCAAAACCAAAAAAGGGAUCAACAGUUGCUGUUUUUGGAUUGGGAGCUGUAGGCCUUGCAGCUGCUGAAGGAGCCAGGAUUUCUGGGGCUUCAAGAAUUAUUGGUGUUGAUUUGAAUUCCAGCAGAUUUGAAGGGGCAAAAAAGUUUGGCAUAACCGAAUUUGUGAACCCAAAAGAUCACAAAAAGCCAGUUCAAGAGGUGAUUGCUGAGCUGACCAAUGGAGGAGUGGACAGAAGCAUUGAAUGUACUGGAAAUGUUGAAGCCAUGAUAUCUGCAUUUGAAUGUGCCCAUGAUGGUUGGGGUGUUGCUGUUCUUGUGGGAGUACCACACAAAGAGGCUGUCUUCAAGACGCAUCCCGUGAACUUUCUGAACGAGAGGACUCUCAAGGGUACCUUCUUCGGAAAUUACAAGCCUCGAACCGACAUUCCCUCUGUUGUGGAGAAGUACAUGAAUAAUGAACUUGAGCUGGAAAAGUUCAUCACCCACAAGGUCCCAUUCUCAGAAAUCAACAAGGCAUUUGAUUACAUGCUUAAAGGGGAAGGUCUUCGAUGCAUAAUCCACAUGGAGGAAUGAAAGCUUCAUCCUUGAUGUUUGUGCCCGCACAUUCUAAUUUUCAAUUUUUUUUUUCUCCUCUUUUCUUUUUAAAAAAAUUUCAAAUUUGGUCUGCAUGUAAAAGUGUGCGAAUCUGUUUUUGUUUUUGUUUUGUUUUGUUUUUUUCAUACUGUUUAUGUCUGAGCUUCUGUUGGACAGUUGCUGUGUAUAUAUUCAAUGAAUAAAUAAAUAAAUAAAUAAAUUUAUU